CUCUGCCCGGGACUGGGGAGCAGAGCUGAGGCCGCAGCCCCGGGCGGGAGGUCCCGGGGGAGCCGGGCCGGGAGUUGGGGCUGAGCCGCCCCCGGUGCCCGGGGGGGCGGUGCCGGCGGGAGAGGACCGUCGUGCCCAAGAUGUGCUGUGCCUGUGCCGAGCCGCCCCGUGCCCGUCCCGUUCCUCUGCGGAGCCGUGCCUGAGGCGAGACGUUCCCGAGCUGUGCGGUGCCGUGCUCGAGCCGUGCCCGUGUCUGUGCCGUGCUCGAGCCGUGCCGAGCCGUGCCCGUGCCGUACCCGCCCCCGGGCGCGCCUCCUCGGCGGCGCGGGAGGAGGCGGCGCGGAGCAUCGGCGGCGCCCGGGCGGGGAUGGCGGCUCCGGGAGCGCUGGAGCCGGCGACCGGCAGCGUGCCGGGCACCAAGGUGGAGCUCACCGUGUCCUGCCGGAACCUGCUGGACAUGGACACCUUCUCCAAGUCUGACCCAGUGGUGGUCCUUUUUGUGCAGGGCUCAGGGAGCAGCGAGUGGAAGGAGUUUGGACGCACUGAGGUGAUCGACAACACCCUGAACCCCGACUUUGUCCGCAAGUUCGUCCUCGACUACUACUUUGAGGAGAAGCAAAACCUCCGCUUUGAUGUCUACAACGUGGACUCCAAGAGCUGCUCUGCCUUAAAGCAGGACUUCCUGGGGCAGGCAUUUGUGGCACUGGGGGAGGUGAUUGGGGCCCAGCGGGGACGCCUGGAGAGACCCCUCACGGGGGUCCCAGGAAAGCGGUGUGGGACCAUCCUGCUGCUGGCUGAGGAGCUGAGCAACUGCCGGGACAUCAUCACAAUGCAGCUGUGUGCCAACAAGCUGGACAAGAAGGACUUCUUUGGAAAAUCUGACCCCUUCCUCGUCUUCUACCGCAGCAAUGAGGAUGGCACUUUCACCAUCUGCCAUAAGACAGAGGUGGUGAAGAACACACUCAACCCGGUGUGGCAGCCCUUCACCAUCCCCGUGCGUGCCCUCUGCAACGGUGACUACGACCGGACGGUGAAGAUAGAUGUGUACGACUGGGACCGGGAUGGGAGCCACGACUUCAUCGGGGAAUUUGCCACAAGCUACCGGGAGCUGUCUCGAGCACAGAGUCAGUUCACAGUGUAUGAGGUGCUGAAUCCCCGGAAGAAAUGCAAGAAGAAGAAAUAUGUGAAUUCCGGCACCGUGACACUGCUCUCCUUCUCGGUCGAGUCCGAGUUCACCUUCGUUGACUACAUCCGGGGCGGGACACAGCUGAAUUUCACCGUCGCCAUUGACUUCACGGCCUCCAACGGGUUGCCAUCACAGCCCACCUCGCUGCACUACGUGAGCCCCUACCAGCUGAGCGCCUAUGCCCUGGCAUUGAAGGCAGUGGGGGAGGUCAUCCAGGACUACGACAGUGACAAGCUCUUCCCUGCCUACGGCUUCGGUGCCAAAGUCCCACCCGACGGCAAGAUCUCCCACCAGUUCCCCCUGAACAACAAUGCAGAGAACCCCAGCUGUUGUGGCAUUGAGGGUGUGCUGGAGUCCUACCUCCAGAGCCUGCGCACCGUCCAGCUCUACGGUCCUACCAACUUCGCCCCCGUCAUCAACCAGGUGGCAGGGACAGCUGCCCAGGUGACUGACGGCUCGCAGUACCACGUCCUCCUCAUCAUCACUGACGGCGUCAUCUCCGACAUGCUGCAGACCAAGGAGGCCAUUGUCACUGCUUCUGCCUUGCCCAUGUCCAUCAUCAUUGUGGGAGUGGGUCCGGCUGAGUUUGAGGCCAUGGAGGAGCUGGAUGGUGAUGAGGUGCGGUUGUCUUCCCGUGGGCGGUUCGCUGAGAGGGACAUUGUACAGUUUGUGCCAUUUCGGGAUUACGUGGAUGACUCGGGCAACCAGGUGCUGAGCAUGGCCCGCCUGGCCAAGGAUGUGCUGGCUGAGAUCCCUGAGCAGCUGCUCUCCUACAUGAAGACCCGUGACAUCAAACCCCGCCGGGCAGACCCUGAGUAGCUCCUCCAAGAGCCGUGGGAUAAGCUGGUGGGGCAAGGAUGUGUCAUCUUUCCUCUGCCAGUGGCCAGGGCUUAGCCAUGGAGAUGUGGCCCCACAAGGCAGAUAAUCAGCUGCUACAGUUGGUGAAAACGGUUGGUGAAAACGGGGCUGUGACCCUCUUCUGGCAGCGAGACCACAGGGCUGGAUGUCCGUGGCUGCCCUGAUGUCCAGCAGCACGGUGGGGCUGGCUCGGACCACGCAGUCCCAUCCCUCGGGCAGGGCCAGUGCCUGAGUCCGGGCGGUUGGGGGGCCACAGUGCGUGUGUGUGUGUCCCGGGAGGGCAGCCUGGCACCUGUCCCAGGGCAAGGCUGACCCUGGGUGCCUGCCGGGGGUCACAACCCUGCUGCUCCUUGGGGCACCCUGUUCCUGCCUGCACCCCAUUCCUGCCUGCACCCCUCUCUUGCCUGCGUCCCACUCCCGCGGCCUGACCCGGCCUGCCCCAUGGCCCGCCCCGCGGCCCGGGGUCCCGCAGCCGGGGGGUGCCGGGGCGGAGGGCAGGCGGGUCUGUACCGCAUUACCGACUGUAAAUAAACUGCUCAACCGGG